AUGGCGACGCGCCUGGAAGAAGCCGCGGUAGCCGAGCUGCAGGGCGACCGUCUCUCGUCGUCGUCGUCGUCCCCGAUGCGCACUUCCGCCGCUCACUCCCCGCGACGAGAAAAGCGAACCGAAGAGGGAGAAGAAAGAGAGGAGGCCGGAAGCGACGAAGACUGCGACGAAGAGGAAGAAGACGCGCAUUCGGCGGAGUCCCCGGCCGUCGUCUCUGAACCUUCGUCCUUCUCGGCGCACUUGUCUGGCGACAGCGAGGUGAGCUCCCGAGGCGACAGAGAGGAAGAAGACGCUUCCUCUAGUGACACGCCCUCCCCCAUCUCGCCGCCUUCCUCUCCUCGGAGUGCGUUCGCGCGACCCUCCGCGUCUGGCGGCUGCGCUGGCCACAGCAGCUCCUUCUCCAGUUCUUUCAGUCGCGAGAGCCUCGACUCUGACCGGCGCGACAGGCGAGUAACGAGCGACCCCGAAGCAAAAGCGGAGACAGACGAAGAAGAGGAAGAAACCGAGGGAGAAGAAGGGCACACAGACGAGGAAGAAGAAGAAGUGCGCGCAGGAGGGGGCGCAGGGGCUCAGGGCGAGGACGAGGCGAGGGAGACUGGCGUGGUGGGAAGGCCGGAGGACGGCGGAGCGGCAGAACCGCUUAAAGCGGCGCCUUCUGUCCUGAUCAGGUCGGCGCCUUCCGGUGCGCUGCCUCUGAUCACCUACCGCGGGAAGAAUCCUGCGACGCAGAAGCUGCUGGAGGAGCGGCUGGGCAGCCUCUCGCACUCGACGUCGAGUGUCUUUUCAUCCCCUACCAAGGCGCAGGACCCACGCAUCGUCUAUUUGUCGCGGAGACGAAGUCAUCCCGAUCCUCGCCCCGGCGAGAAGGACGACGACGCCUCCAGCGAAAGCGCGCGCAGCUCCUCGGUGUCUGCCGCGUCCUCCGCCGCGACCUCCGCCUCAUCGCUCGCGCGCCGCGAGAGCGAAGGCGGAGGCGGCCACGAUCGGAACCUGUCCUGGGCGCUGCGCCCUUUCGAAGACUUCGCCUCCUACUUCUUCCGCCAGGCCGUCGCCCCUGAGAAGCCCGAGCUGAGCGGUGGUCCGCCGCUCCUGAAGCCGCCGAGCUCCGCAGACGCCCUCGCCGGUCCUGACGCGGCCUUCACGAGGGCAGCGGGUCGCGACGCGCGCGAAGAGAGGAGCCGCAGCUACACAGACCCGUCGGACGAAGGAACCAGCAGCCCCGGGAGCGACCUGUUUUCCUCGUCGGGCGAGGACGAGGCCUACGCACUCUCGCCGCCUGCCUCGUCACGCGCGAUUCCGCACUCCCUCCAGAAGAGCGUCACUGCGGACGGCGAAUUCACUCUCCCGCGCGCGGCGUCCUCGCGUCGAGUUGCGUCCUACACGCACUUGCCUUCCUGGCGCGCGGAGCGGCGCGGGCCUCUCGCGCGCGCCUCCGGCGAGCUGCGCGCAGCCGACAAAGGAGGCGAGCCUCCAGACGACGGGAAGCACUCCCACGGAGCCGCAGACCUGCGGGCAGCGGACGAGGCGGCGGGGCGGCGCGGAGGGCGACGAGGCGUCGCGAGCGGAAGGGGAGAGGGAGAGAGAGAGGACGGCGAGGGAAGGAAAGAGCGAGGGCAGUCUUCGAUGCUUUGGCCUGCGCGCGACAUCGCAGGGCGAAGCGCCGAGCCAGGUCCGAGUCCCCGCGCUGUGUGUCUGGCGGGCGUCUCCUCUCUGGCUAGUCCUCGAGCUCCGAUUUUUCUUCCCGACGCGUCGGCAACGUCGGCAUCGCACGCCGCGGCCGUGCGGCUGCCCUCCUCUGCGCAUCGGCGGGUGCCUCUGCCGCAGCAUCCGCUUCGCUUCGGCUCGUCGCACGCGCUUUUCCACGUUGGCUCCGCGCCGCCGGGGGGGGCGGCAGCGCGGGCGGCGGGGCGGCUCUCCUGCAAGAUGAAGCGAUCUGCAACGAUGUUGCUGGCGGCGAAGUGGCGCAGACGCGCGCAGGCUGCGGCGGUCGCCUCAGAGCGCGCGCGCGAGGCCUCGGCGCGGCUGCCGCUCUCCGAGGCUGAGCGCAGGAAGGAAGAGAAGCCGCGGAAGAGCACAGGGCGCGACGCGUGCGCCGCAGACGACCCGCCAAGCGCAGCCGCGGAGGCGGACGAGGCGCGCCGCCGGAAGAAGAAGAAGGAGAAGCAGAAGCGAGACAAGAGCGAGGGUCCGUGGCUCACGCGAGAAGACCUCGCCUUGCGAAACAGCGCCCUCGUCACGCGCGUCGCCGCGGUCGCCGCGGCGCAGGCAGCCCAGGAAGCCGCGGAGAAAAGCGUGAGGGCGGCGCUUGUCGAGGCCGCGCUCAAAUUCAGGAUGUCGCGCGUGACGCUCAGCGACUGGAUGAAGACGCAGGGCCUACAACAGCAGCGCAUCUGGGAUGUCAUCUUUCCAGCGACGCACAACAGCGCCUCGUGGAAGCUUGCGGAGGUGACGUCUAAGCAGCCGAUGCUGCUAUCCAUGAUCAAGAACUGGGUCGCCUGUCAGCAUGUAAAUAUCACCGAGCAGCUGAGCCGCGGGAUUCGCUGGCUCGACCUGCGUGUGUGCAAAAUCGUGGACGAAACCGAGGAAGUCGACAGUUCCUCUUCGUCUUCUUCUUCGUUGUCUGCUUCUUCCUGUUCCGCGUCUGCGGCCACUCGCUCUUCGCGCACAGCCGACAAGGCAGGCAAGAGAGACCACAACGUGAAGCGUUCCCUCUCGUCACUCCGCGCGUCUUCUCUCUUCUGUGAAGACGCGGCGCCGUCUGCUCGGAGCGACCCAGAGAGAGACGCCUCGGCGCAGCGGGAGCGAGAGCCGCGGGCGAGCGAGGAGGCGACGCCGCGGCAGAGCCGCAAGACGCGGCGCGACGACGCCAGGCCGUCAAAGUCCUCCGACAGCUUCGCGGGGGUCGCUGGCGGUCGCACGACUCCCUACUGCGCCCACGGAGGCGUCUGCACUGUCCCCCUGAUUUCGGUGCUGUGUGAGAUCCGCGAGUUUCUCGAGGCACACCCCUCGGAGAUUGUCCUUGUGAGCACUGUAGCCGAUCACGGCGUCUGUCAGGGGGCGUUCUGUGACACGCGGAGCCUCAACUCGAGCGAAGUCGACUUCUACGUAGGGCGGAUUCUCGCGCCUUUCCUCGGCGCAGAACUGGAGCCCGACACGACUCUGGAGACCCUGCUCAAGCGGCAGCAGCGCGUGCUGUACUUCUGGAACCACGAAGAGCGAUGUCUGCCGCCGUUUGAUCUUUGCCCCGUCUGUCUGCAUUCGUUCGCCGGCGCGUCUCCUUCGGCGCCUGCGGCGGGCGCGUUCCUGGGGCGGCGCGUGGAGGGUGUCGGCGGCUUGGCGCAGGCGAGGAGGGAACGCGAGAGAGAAGGCAGGUAUCGCUGCACGUGCGAACGAGGGCGCCUCGAAGCCUGGCUCGACAAAGCGCAGCGGUUUUUCAGCUCAGACCUGCCUCCGUCCGGCGGCCCCAAAGACGCUCGUGCCUCUUGCAAAACUCACGCCGGGAAGCAAGACGCCCAUGUGUCGCGCGCGGCUUCACGGCAGGAGUCGCCGCCGCGGCUCAGUCCCCACAGCGAGCCCGCGCUGGACGAGAGGCUUCAUGUGCCUUCUUCUUCCCCCCUGGGGCGGGUCUCGUCGCUGUCGCCUGCGCCCGCCGCGGAGUUUCUGUCGCCCUCUGUAGUCCAUUCCGUGGAGCGGCAUCCGUCUGCGCGUUCGCAUGUCUCGAGCUCCUCCACCCGCAGCUACCCUCGGUCGCCGUUCAAAACGGGAAAGACGAAGCUGCUCAAGAGCUGGAGCAAGACGCGCGCGGCGAAGCCAGAGAUCCUCAUUUCGCACCUCGACGCCUGGCUCCAGGAAAGGAAGGAGGAGGCGACGCGGCUGGGAGAGGAAAGCGGACGCUUCGGGAACCGACCUUUCGUCUUCCAGAUGCUGUGCGGAGAGGUCACUGCGCCCGACUCGCUCGGGCUGAACGUCGUGCUGUACUGGACGAAGGAGGCGCAGUCCGCGCUGCGACGACUGCCGCACGGUAUCAAGACGAAUGCGAAAGCCACGAACCGGCUGCUUCUCCGCUUAUUAGCCGAGCAGCAUUUGCGGACGCGGGAGCAGCGCGAGGCGCGGCUGCAUCGCCUGAAUAAGGCCGUCCGACGGGCGAAGCGGAGACGCGAGCGGCGGCGGCGCGACCGCGAGGUGGCGGAAGGGCGCGAAAAGGGAGACGAGCCCGACGCGUCCGGGAGGGACGCGGCCGCAGAGCGGCAAGAGGCCGCCGAAGACGAAGAAGAGCGGCGCGCGCUGCUGCGGCAGCUGGAGGAGGAAGACGGUGUCGGCGAGGUCAAGGGCUUGCACGUCUUGAACGCAAUUUCUCACGACUUCGUCAACAAACAACUGACGCAGUUCAUUGUUCUCCUGAACCUGGAGAAAGUCGACGUGAGGAGGGCGCUCACGCCCAUCUCGCAAACAUCUCUCUCCUCGCCGUCUUUUUCGUCUCGCCGCGACACGCGGCCUCUGCAGACGGCUCUGUCUCCCUCUGCGUCGGAGCCGCGCGCCUCGCCCGCGCCCGAUGCGGUCGCGGAUCGUACGCGCGACGGCAGGCGAGACGAACUCGACGACGAUGGAACCUGGACAGAAGAGCGCAGAGAAAGUGCGGCCGCGCGCCUCAGCGCGUGGGCGGAGAAACGCGCAGACGACGUGGACGAGGAGAGAGGAAGGCCGCGUCCCGAGCCGUAUGUGUCAUUUGAAAAGGAAAAGGUCGUCGUGACAGCCGACUGGGGCGGCGAAGCGUAG